AUGACUGCAUUUGGGAUCAUUGUGUUGUUGAGUGUUGUAGGCAGCACACUAUCCAUCAUGGUGCAGGUUUCCGAGAAGGCUAUCAAUGUUACCAGUGGUGAGACUGCAAAUCUAUUUUGUACUUUUUCCACCAACGCACCCCUGAAUAAUGUCAUGGUUCAGUGGACUCUCUAUCCUGUGGGUGCAGUGAGUCCAGAACAGGUGUACUACUACCAGUCAGGAUUUCAGCAAAUUGGCACCCGCUUCCAGAAUAGGUUAAGUCUGCUUUCUACACUAAACACCACCAUGAACGCCUCAAUCUCCAUCACUAACAUGCAGCUUGCUGAUGCUGGAACUUACACGUGUGAAGUCCACAACCCACCUGACUUUCAGGGCACCACUGAUGCUAACACCAGGGUCAACGUUUUAGAAAAACCAUCGCACCCAUUCUGUGCUGUACAUGGAGAUGUGGAAACAGGUCACUUGGUUACUCUGACCUGCCAUUCAGAGAAAGGAAGCCCUGCUCCUACCUACAACUGGACAAGACUUGAGAAUGGAAUCAGUCAGCCUGUGUUGGGCUUAACAAAUGUGAAGACUGGUAUCUUGUACUUCAGAAACAUCUCUCAGUUUGAGUUUGGAAAAUAUCAGUGCAAUGCUUCCAACGUUGUGGGUUUCUCCACCUGCACUGUUAAUCUGAACUCAGACGCGAAUGAUGCGGUGAUUGCAGGCGCAGUUAUAGGAGCAUUGCUGGCUAUUGUUUUCAUUGCGUUGCUGGCAUGGUUCAUCUCUCAUCAGCUGAAGAAGCGAAAGUACAAAGAGGCCAGGGCUAACGAGGCUCAGGCUGCAGUCAACUACAAGGCUGUCCCACCACAAGAAAUUACCCAAGACUGAGGGACCAGCACGAUUGAGAUGUGUACACAAGCCAGAACCAACCGCUCUUGCUAUAUCGCAAAUGAAUGGGUCAUUCUUUGAAUAAUGAUGCAAACUACAUUAUAGUCAAACAUAUCCAAACAACAUCCAAACUUUCUUUGUUCAGGGGUAAUACAAGAGUA